GCUCAAUUCGCCAACAACAUCCUCAAUGUGCCAACAUUCCAUCGCGAUUGCUCCUCACACAUUCUUCUUUGCACUGGCCCCAGAGACAUAUUCCAGGUCAUCACGCUUGCCAUCGACAGUCACGGCUCGCUGGUUCGCCAUCCCUCGUCGUUGCAUUUCAACAUGAGACCCUCGCACAACGUACACGUCUUCCGGGUGCAGAUUAGAUAUUUUCUUUCGUAGCAGCGCAUUCGCUACAUCCCCAACGUGCGCGCCUCGUAUCCUAACACACGCUCUCAGGCACCGGGGCUUCUUCGCCAAAGACGGGAGCACGAGAGGCUUUUCCUGUUUCCAUUGGCUGCAUCCUGGGCCAGGGCCUUGCACGUCGCCAUCCCGCACGCCAGCACUUCCACGCCCCGUUGAAUAUACAUUCAGCGCUGGGGCACGCAAAGGGAGAUGGAGCCUCAUUCGCGUCCUUGCUCAUCUCGAAAUGGCACGUUGCGUCUUCCUUUGGCCCUCGUUUGGUUGCUGAGGACCGUACUCGCCGGGCCAACCAGCGACCAAGUGACACAGACCGUUGCAGACCUGGCACUCUGGCAGAAUAUAAAGAAAACGGCUGACCGUCUGCUCCAUCUCAUCAAUCCCUUCGUAGCUAGUGGCGACUUGACGACUUCGAUUUCCGUGGGCAUGGUCAAAUUGACAGCACUUUGUGGAAUUGGAUCUGCGCUCUGGUUCUGGAGCGGACGGAACGGGAAGGACAAGGCUGUCGGCUCCCAGCACGCAUCCGACCCUGCUGUUGAUGAUGCAUCCACUACUGACCCGGGACUAUUGAAGAAGCAUAGUACCACCCGCUCAUACACGGUGCCCUCCACCAAGAUCACCUACCCGGGAAUCAGAACCUUCUAUCGGCCUCAUCCCCAAGAGAGCAAGCUUCCGAGAAAGCCACGUCCAGUUCCGCUGCUGGUGUUUGUUCAUGGUCUAGGAGGAUCCAUCGCUCAGUUCAGCCCUAUUCUCCUCAGUCUCUCCAACCUCGCUUCGUGUUUGGCUAUCGAUCUGCCAGGGUGCGGCAUUUCUUCUUUCGAGCCAAGAGCAUGGAACGCUUAUACUACAGAGGCCUUGGUGCAACUGCUUGCUGUUGUCAUUGAAACGCAUCGUGCGGUAGAUGAGGGUCAGACGGUCAUUCUCGUCGGACACAGCAUGGGCUGCUCACUGGGUGCACUGCUGGCUUCACCUUCCUCGCCCCAUGCGUAUCUCCUUUCUCAACACGUCAGUGGCCUCAUCGCCAUCUGCCCCCAGGCAGACCCACCAACGGAAAAUCAAGUCAAGGCACUACGAUCGCUCACCUCACUACCAUCCACGAUCUUCGACUUGCUCAGACGAUGGGAUCGAAGAGGAGGCAUCAAUAGUAAGAGCGUUCAGCGUAUGGCAGGAGCCGACGCUGAAGAAGAAACCAAGAAGCUGCAACUGCGCUUCAACAAACAAAGUCGCAGUGCCGUUUGGCAGAGGAUGGCACGAGGCAUGUGUCCAGACUACUCAAGCGGCUCACCUCGAGGUGGCCUUCCCGGAAAGGAGGUCUGGUCCGGCUUGGAUAUUCCCGUUUUCCUCGCCGCUGGUGAAGCUGAUCACGUUACACCAGCUACAAAUGUUAAGCGCAUUGUCGAGUUCUUGGGUAGAGAUGCAUCUGCAAUUGAACCACCGAGCGAGAAAGCGAGUCUGCCCAUUGCAGCGGCACCAUUCGACCUACCUGCAGUGCUUCCAGGCGACUCGGCGCGCAAGCAUCAAGACUCUGGCAUUGACGCAGAUGAUCUACCACACCUUGAGGAUGAUGUCAAGACGGUGGGCUCAACGGCUGCAUCUACCAAUGCUGCCAGCCUUGUCAACACGGAAGGCAGCAUGACCACCGCUGACGCCACGCUAAUCUCACUUUCAACGGCCCCAAGCUCCAGUAAUCCAUCACCCCAUCCACGCCGCCUGGUGGUUAAGACCGCCAUCAUGCCUACACCGGCAGCGCACUCUUUGCUAUUCGCGCCAUCGUCGUCACGCAUCAUAGCCGGACUCAUUGGCACCUUCUUUGCUGACCAUAUUGACCCCCGCCUGUCUCUUGCCUGGCAGCUCCAAUACCUCUCCACAGAAGGCAAGUGGGACGUCAAGAACCUCGAGAAAUGGAAAGCCGUGCUGCCUGUUUCGCGACCCAUUGGGGGCGUUUUCCGCGCCAUGAAGACGCUCCGGGAAGUCGACGAGGAACAUACUCCAGCGGUCCUCGCUAAGAAGUGGGCGGGCAAGCUAUGCGCUGUCAUUGACAUCUCGCACGAUAACCCGGUGUACGACCCCAAGGGCCUUGAGGUGGGGGGCAUCCCAUAUUACAAGUUUCCUACCGUGUCGAAGCAGCCUCCACAAGACGAUGAGGUGAAGGUCUUCAUGGACUUGGUGGACAAGAUCCGAUCCGAGAAGAAAGAGGGCCUCAUCGGAGUACACUGCCACUAUGGCUUCAACCGCACCGGUUUCUUCCUCGUGUCGUAUCUCAUUGAGCGCCUGGGGUAUAGAGUCGAGGACGCCAUCGACACCUUCCAGCAAGCGCGCCCGCCGGGGAUUCGGCACUCGCACUUCAUCGAUUCUCUGCACGUGCGCUACUGUCAGGGGCUGAAGAAGGCUCCUACGCUUUAACCUUCACUAUCAGAUUCGUUGACUUGGAAUUGGUCAACGGUCGUUUGUUUUGUAUACUAGUUUUCCCCUGUUCACAAUUCUUUCAGCACUUUUAGCAAGCGCCCGCGUCUGGCGUUUCAUUCUUACAACUACUAUUCGGCUAUUGGUCAUUUGGGUAUUGCAAGCUACGGGUCUCGCAUGGGAUACUGCAGGUGUUUGGUACACUUUAUUAGGCUUCCGAAAUUCAC